CGGUGGGGAGGACCUCGAGGAGGAUGAGGGGCUGGGGGGUAUGCCGCAGGAGCUAGACCCGACCCUAGUUUGGUCUCCGCCGGCGGAGGAGGUGUACGUUGCAGCCGAGGAGAGGCUGGAACCACGGGACAAGAAGCCGUAUAAGCGCGGGAUUACGAAACUCCCCAAGCUAAAAACUUGGGCCUUCCGCGAUGUUGUUCUCGUGCCCGCUGGAAAGAGCAUGUUCAACUAUGGCGACCUGAGGAGGAAGCCGACACGUGAGUACUCGAACAUCCUUGGAGGCAUAAUUAGGAAGCAUUUCCCUGGGAUUGUCAAUCUCCCUACUGGUGGCCGCGACGUGGCUUGGACUUGGAAGCACUACAGCUACGCGGAAGAUCCUAGCGGCAAGUACGGAAACAUGCAAGAGCGGGUUGUCCGCCACUUCUGGAAAUACUUCAAGAGGGCUGAGGGCGAGGAAAUUGCGUGCGACGUUAUCGUACACGAGUUGUGCAGGGUGAGGGUGACUGGCAUGCACUACGAGGCACGUGUCCAGUGCGUCCGCGACUGGCACGCCGAGCGCAAAAUUUGGAUGAGUAAGGCUGAUUGUCGGGAUACGCUCAUGGCACCAUGGCAGUACCUGCAGAACCCUCCUCAGUACGUCGGGGAAGACAGGGCGUGCUUUCUUGCGAUGGUCAUAUGGUGGACAUCCCGCGAGUACGCCCGGAAGCACGAGGAGGGCAAGCAGAAGCGUUCAGAGAUGGGAGGUGGAUCACAUGUCCUGGGCAGCAAGAACUUGGCCCUUACCUUGCAGGAUGAGGAAGUGAAGACAGGCGUGGCACCAAACUUGUUUGGCUUUUUCCAAAAGUCGAAGACCAGGAAGGAGCCGCAUCCUGAAACGGGGUCCUUGUGGGUCAAUGACCUAGCGGAGGGCCAGUGUGGCGCGUACCGCUCGAAGUUCAAGGACAAGCACGGCGAAGACGCCGAUCCAACCACCGAAGACUUUGACGUUGAGGUUGCGGUGCUUGCGGGACAAGGCAAGAAGGGUGGCCGCCUAUGGAUUGCUGACGGGUUAGUCGACCCAAAGACCAUUCCAUCUCUACGCCAGAUCCAUCGUGGGCGUACGAGCGAGCAGCCUCGGGUAGAGACCCGCCCACGGGCUUCGGACCUAGCUAUCGAGAAGUUACGGGCGGAGAUGGAAGAAAGGGAACGGAGGAACCAAGAGGAGAAGAUGCAGAUGCAGCAUCAGCUUAGGGAGAGCAUGCAGAUGCAGCAGCAGAUGUUGCAGCAGAUGCAACAACAGCAGCAGAUGUUCCAGCAGAUGUUCAUGAACCAGGCCGUGCUGACUUCCCCACCGGGGAGUAGUGCUCCUAGCACGUCGUGUCCUCCUAUGUUCCCCAACUGGGUAAGUGGUUAA